UGCGGCAGCACCAUUGCAUCAAUGCCUACGUAACUGGUGGCCCAACAUCCUCAAUAUCCAUGCCCCAGCAACUCCGACAAUAACUGCAAAAACAGCAACACUAGCCUGUCCCAUUUGCCACGCUUAGUGAUGUCAGCGCUGGCUAUGACGCCACACGACAGCACAUGGACUGCAUUCACUACAUGCAGGGAACUAUAAGUAAUUGUCAGCCCAGUUGCAGCAAAGGUUGCUGUGCCGUCAUAGGAGCCUCACCUCCACCUGAAUCUCAGAAACUAUAAAUAUGCAGACAUUUCUCUAGUUAUACAUCAAUUAUCAAUUCUUACACAUAAUGCCAGGAGAACCACACAAGAUUUUUUACAAGGGUAACGAAAACGACUUCAUCAUAUUUGUUGAAGAUGUGAAUUUGCUCGAGAAAUUUAAGAAGGGUGACACCACCAUUCCAUUGAUCGACUUGGUCUCUAUCUACAAGAUCUUCACGAACAGACAAGGUGGUUCCGAAGGUGUCUUGGACGAAGCCUCCAAGGCCGAAUUGCAAAACGAGUUUGGCAAGGUUGACAACGACGAAAUCAUCAAAAAGAUCUUGAGAGAAGGUUCUGACAAGCAAGGAUCUUCGAUCAGUCAUGGCUCGAGCAGUCAUAAUGACUCAAUUGGUGCUGGAGCUACAGGUAAUUAGAAGUUUAGCAUGAUUCACUGUGACGAAUUCAGUGAAAUAUACGUUUAGCACAAAA